AUGUCAGGCGCCACAACCCUAGCCGUCGACACCCUUGUCUCAAUCAUCACAUUCGCAACCGCCACAGCCUCAAAUCCAACCUCAACAUCCCUAUCAAUAGCAGCAGAGUUGCCCUCACCAGCACCAGAUCCAAAUGUACUGCUAUGCGACUGGACGAGGUCAGCAGCCGACUGCAGAGAUGCGGACUUUAUACGGUGCAUGCUAAUAGCAUCCUCAGUCCUUCACGUGGCUGUUGGACUCUUUGGUAUCUGGUUACUGGUGUACCGAAACAGAGGAUUCAACCGCAAGAUUGCUACAGAGCUAUUUAUCUUUGUUGGGACUGGGAUCCGGCCCAAACCAAUGGACUGCCUCAUUUUCUUCAAUACGCUCGCUUGCUUUGCCAAGUUGCUGGGAAAUAUGCCGCUGAUCCUUGAUGUCCUCCGCAAUUCCUGGGGGCUCCGCAUCGCUAUCGAGCAGCUUUACUGGAUCUUCGUUUCGUUCGCAUUCUCGGCUUACUUUGUUGGACUCCUCUACGCCAUGCCUGUGACCACGCGCGAAGGCAUCUUUGCCAUCUACCAACCAGAGACCACGUUUGGUUCCAAGCCCUUGGCUCCAAUUCACGUCCUAACCCCCACUACUAUCCAGAAGAACGCCCUACUUGUCAUGGGGGCAGUCUACCCGUCCAUCUUUGGCGCUGGACUGGGCAUUGCCUCUGGUGUACUCCGUGAUCACGGUCACCUUGAUGCAUCUAGGAUCUUCAUGCUCUGUCAAUAUGGAAACUGGGUUCUGAUCCUGUAUAUUAUGGCCGCCAUGUUCUUUUAUUACGGUCUCAAGUACACGUUCAUUCUUCGUGCCAAUAUCAUCAUCGCGGAGGCUGCACUCAAGGCUCCACGCGCUGCAUUUGGCAUUGGCAACCUAAAAUCGAGAUCUCCUGCGAGGUUCUUGUUCAUCCAACUCCAGAUCACCGGGUUCGGGGGCUGUGCGGUUACUAUCCUGGCUGGAUCGCUCUGCCUUAUUUGGAUCUUGUUCCAGCAGAAAAUCCUGGCCAUGGAGGACGAUCAGCUACCACAUACGAUGGCCUUCUUUUGGACGUGUGCUAUGGCAGCGACAUUCUUUGUGAUCAAUUCUUUGAUCACCGCUCAGUCUGUGAGGAAUCGAAAGAGGGGUUUGCACGAUCCGUCUUCGUCCCUAUCCGGACCAUCUUCAGGCCAAGGCAGUGGUGGCAACGGCACUGGAAGCCUGCAAAAGCAUGGCGGCCCGAACCAGAACCAGAGCUACAACAGCAAGGGAUCCAAGCAUGUGAUGUCGCGAUUCGAUCCUGAGGUUUGCUUGACCCACGAGAGUUCGGGCGAUGUCAGCACAUUGCACUCGGUCUUGUCAAUAGAAAAGUCUGGUGCGGACCAAACACGCGAUAUGAACGACAGUGAUCUGGAAGCGGAAGGUAUCGAAUGUGACCACGACUCCCUCAGGGCUUAUUCCCUGCCACCUCCACCUCGGCCAGUGAUAGGCAGCUCAAGCUUUAAGGCCGCAAGUACUGGCCCUGACCAUAGUGUUAUCCGGGAGUCAGUCUUUGGAGGAAGGACCCCGCGCGAGGACACUAGGGUCGGUUCACCGCCCCAGUCACCGACCUCUGGAGGGUUCAGUUUGCCGUCGUUCCCGUUGACGUCACUACGAUCAGGGUCGAGGAACAGCGUGUUCUCUCGUCCUUCGACGAGCUCGGUCUCCGGAAGUCCCUCAUACCACACGACAUCGACGUCGACUGUAGGCAGCCGUUUAUCGCGUAGUUCCUCUUACAAACACGGUGGAUCAUCCUCAAAUUCGUACACAGUACCGCGACCGACAAGCCCUACAAGUCCAACGUAUCCGAAUGUCCGUCAACCCUCGUCAAACAAUGUCCAGCAGCCGAUAUCGCCGUCAUCGCCGUCAUCAUCGCCUCCUCAGAUCUAUAGUCCUCCACAGUAUCCAAGGGAACUGUCGCAGCCUGUGGCACAGGUUGGCGGGGCUAUUCGCAAUUCAUCGAAUGCAGGCAUAACCGCCAAAGGAUCAGCUGUUGUACCUACAUCCAUGUCUGCACCGAUCUCCGUCCCUCUGCCUUUGUCUGCGUCGAGGGGAGGUGGGGGCGGAUAUCGGAGUCAGGGCAUUGAGCUGGAGACGAUCCAGUACCAGCAAUUUCAGCUUCGGCAGCAUGAACAAGAGCAAGACCAAUACCAGCAGCAGCAGCAGCAGCAGCAGCAGCCAGUGACUGAAGCACCAGUUGUAGUUCAUUUUAGAAGGCCAUAUAAUGAAAGUGGCGACAACGGUGGACGAAGAGAGGAAUGGUCUUUGCCACCAACUUAUAAAUAA